AGAAACGAUAAAAUGCUCUACCCCACUAUCAUAAUCAGACAACUACUUCAGUGAAGAAAUAUGUAUAUAUCAGUAUGGAUUACACAGUUCCUCGAAUAAUCAAUGUUUUUAGAAACUCACUCUACUGAGUAUGGCAACAGAUAAUAUCCAUUCUAUUCCCUCUGUUGUAGACGGUUUGAACAUAGAUGAGUGAAAGAUUAUUCAUUACUGUUUAAAAAAAAAAAUAUUACUCGUUCAAAAAGGGUGAUAGAGAUUACACCUUAUGUUUUGCAUGAGAAUGGUAUAGGUUAUCAUCAACAUGAUUCCUUGAUGCAGACAGCUAUAAAUUUGGCUCAAAAUUUUGUUGGAAGUAAUAAUCUCAAUUUUCUAGUGCCUACUGGUUACAUGGGUACUCGUUUCAAAGGCGGCAAGGACGCACUGGAUCAUCCAGAAGCAAUUAGAUGCAUUUCGGCUUUUCUUUCUCCUUUAGCCAGAAAGUUAUUCAAAGCAGAAGAUGAUCCUAUACUCAAUUAUCAGAACGAGGAAGGGCAGCAGAUCAACCCUGACUAUUACGUCCCAAUUUUGCCAAUGGUUCUAUAAAUGGUGCAGAGGAGAUUGGAACGGAUUGGUCAACCAACAUAUUAAAAUAUAACCCCUAAAGAUAUUGUUGCUAACUUAAAACGACUUCUUAUAAAUGAACCUUUGCUUGACAUAUUUCCUUGGUAUCGCGGUUUCCGUGGUAGCAUAGAGAAAGUGUCUCCGGACAGUUACAAAAUUAAUGGUUUAAUUAAUCAAAAAAGUGACUUAGAAGUGGAAAUAACAGAAUUACCUGCUCAAUUUUGGACUCAAGAUAUGAAGGAAUUCCUAGAAGCGGGUAUGACAGGAAGUGAUAAAGUCCAACCGUUCAUAAAAGAUUACAAAGACUAUGGUGGUUUUGAUCAUGUACAUUUCCAAGUAACUCACAGAAAAAGGCAUGAGAGAAGCUUUGGCCGAAUCCUUAGAAUCUAAAUUCAAAUUAGUCCGGACCCAGGCUACCAGUAAUAUGGUGGCAUUUGAUCCAUCGGGAAGAAUAAGGAAAUACGAUACUGUUGAAGAUAUUUUAAGAGACUUCUUUGAAAUCCGUUUACUAACAUAUCAAAGACGAAAAAACCAUCAAGUGGCUGAAUUGGAACGUCGCUAUAACAUAUUUUUCAAUAAAGCGAGAUUCGUUCAUAUGAUUAUCAAAAAUGAGCUUAUUUUCUCGGGAAAGAAAAGAGGCAUACUUAUACUUGAACUUCGCGAAAAAGGUUUUCAGUCUAUUCCAAAGCUUAAGAAGGGUCGAGAGGCCAAUAUAGUAGCAAAGCGGGCUCGAGAAAGUGGCGAAGAUCCAGCUGAAGCAGUUGAUGAUUUUUCCAGUGACUUCGAUUACCUCUUGUCUAUGCCAAUUUGGUCUUUAACAUACGAGAAAUAUUUGAAGCUUUUGAAGAGAAGGGAUGAUGUUAUGACGAAGAUUGACACUUUAAGUGAAUUACAUAUUAGAGAGUUAUAUAUGAAAGAACUGGAAGAAUUCGAAUCUACUUGGGAUGAGAUGGAUCAAAUUAUACAAAGUAUGUUGGAUGAACAAUACAGUUGCGCUACUUGUAAACGAGAUGCACAUGCAAGACAAAAAGACAAAGCUUCCAUUGACAAUGAAACUGGAUCUUAAGCUGUUAGGCAGCGUUCGAAAUCGUAUACCACAAAAUCUAAGGAUAAAAGGCAAAGAAACAGAUGAACUUGUUAUAAUAACUUUUUAAAAAGUCACUAGAAAAAAUGUUUUGCCAAGGAGAAUAGUACAUCCUGAAGGAAAUAUUACAGGAAGGAGAGGGAUUAAAUAUGCCCUUUUGUAUAGCUAAAGGAACAGGUAGAAAACCAGCUUCCUCAAUAGCAUAAUGAUAAUACAGAGAAUUGAAGGAAACAAUCAUCUUUUGAUUCGCCAAGUGGUGAUGAGAAUCCUCAAGCUACAAUGAGAACAGCAUCUGUGGCCGUCCAAAUGCAAGUCAAGCGAAAGCGUUUCAUUUCUUUCAAUGACGAGGACUCAUACUCCGAAAUGAUAUCUAGCAAGUCGUCAACAGGGUUGAAGGGUUCGUUUUGUCAAUAUUACCAACGGAAAAGGGACGUAUCGAAAGAAAAACCAUCUUCGAUCAUUGACGACGAGGAUUUUAGCGAUUUGCCAAUAAGACGUGCACUAGUCAAACAGUAAACGCUGCAGAAUCGUCGGACAGCGACUUAUCGUGCAGCUUCUAACAGAAACAGAAAACAAGAAAAUCAAACUUAUAUUGAAAUAACCCCUACAACGAUUACCAGUAGGCUUUCAAACCUUUUCUCAAAACUAAAAAAAAAAAAAGAUCCUUCCUCUUGAAACUUUUUUUUAUGUUUCCCUUAAAAUACCAUAAUCCCUUUUUUACUUGUUUUUUAGCAAUUUAUUGUGAUUUAUUUAUUCUACGGCUUACAGUCUUUAUCCUCUUCUAACCUGCUAUGUGAAAACUUAUAUCUAUGUUCUUUUCUUAUACACCGUGACAUACUGCUGCGUAAACCUUCCUGUCUUUAUGAUUAAUCACUUUUAAAACGUUUAUUGAAUAAAACCUAUCUAUCAUUCUAAAUCUCCUUCUAUAAUCAUUACAAUUGCUUUAUAACAUUUGUACCCCUUCUUCAAACCAUACUAGCCAUUUGUUAAUAUCUAGCACGGUCUGCAGAAAGGUAUUGUUCUCCGCAGGACGUUUAUGACAAAAAAAGUAGUUUGCUUCUAAUGCCAAGAUAAACCUGCAGUCCUUUGAAUUUUCACCUCUUUCUAUCCAUCUACUUCUCUAUUUUCUACUUUCUUGCUUUUCAUACCUCGCAUAUUCCCAUACUAUUACUCCUUACGCUACCAUCCAUUGUUUCACAACUUUCGAUUGUACGGUCCAGUGCAAAAUAAAUCCAUUUUAUAAAAUUUACUCGACCUUACCACCCUUGCGAAGAAUCAAGUUCUUGCGGUCCUUAUCAAGGUGAAGCUUGUUGAUGACAACCUUAGAGGCAUCAAUACCAACAGGGGCAGAGGCACCGUUAGCCUUCUCACGAGUGACACGCUCGAUGAGCAAAAGGAACUUCUUACGGUAGACAGAAUUAAUCUUGCCCUCACGACCUUUGUUGGAUCCACGGACAACAGUAACUUGGUCAUCACGACGAACAGGAAGGGAACGGACGUUGUAUUGUUCUCUGAGUUCCUUGGAAAGAGGAGCAGACAUCAACACACGGCGAACAGAGGAAGGAGCGGCGAAGUGAGCCUUUCUCUGCUUGCGGCGAGAGUCGGAGACAUUCCUGGAGAACUUCAUUUUGUGUCGUGGGUCUGGUGAAAAGCAUGUUCUCCUUCAUGCAAGGUUUGUGUCGUGUCAAGAAACAGUCACAUUCUUCUUGGUUAGGGUAGGGCUGUUUCCCUUUUAGUUCGUUUGGCUUCGUAAAACAACAUCCUUAU